AAACCCUAUUCUGUGUAUAUAUAUAGGUUUAUUACGGUGCACUAAAAGAUAGCCAUAACAAAAACAAAAACAAAAUAAAAUAAAAUAAGAUGGGAGAAGUCCCUAUUGACCAACACAACAGUGAAUGGAGUUGGGAAGAAAACAGGCAGUUUGAAGAAUGUCUUGCAUCGGAUCACUUUAACGCCAUUGACGACGAGUCAACUCGGUGGCAAGCUAUUUCCGACCACCUCGGAGGGACGAAAACACCGAAAGAGGUCGAAAUUCAGUACCAGAAACUUGUUUGUGACAUCAAGAAUAUUGAAAACGGUGAAUUUGACCACCAAUUCACGGACUUAAACAACUCAGUCGAUAGUUACAUUGUCCCAACACCUCCGACGAUCACUAAAGGGAAUCAAUGGAGUGAUGAUGAACACAAGAUGUUUUUGAUUGGGUUGGAAAUAUAUGGUAAGGGUGAUUGGAGAAGCGUUUCAAGGAAUGUGGUGAAAACAAGAAAACCAACACAGGUGGCUAGCCAUGCCCAGAAAUACUAUCUUCGUAAGGAUACAGAGAAUAAGGGAAAGAGGGUUAGCAUUCAUGACACUUCUGAAGUUACUGAUGAGCUCGUGCAUGAACUCAUACAGAAAAGGCUAAUCACUCCUGAUAUAUUGAAUGAUCUUAAUAAAGCUUGUGCUAAUCGAUUUCAAAAACAACUUGAACACAUGUCUACUCCUCUUGAACAACUCCAAGCCCCGGUGGAAGGGAUACCUGAAGUGAAUGAGCAACUUCAAGCUCCGAUGACAGUACCUGAAGUACCUGAGCCGUUUCAAGGCCCGGUGUCAGGACCUGAAGUAUAUUAUGAUGCUACUUUAAACCAAUUUGUUACUUAUGACCAACUUCAAAUUUUGAUGGCGCCUGAAGUAGUAUAUCAUGAAUAAAUGAAUCAGUACAGUCCUCAACCAGUUUCAGUACCCUUCUCAAAACAUUCAUCAAGACAACAGAUUUUAGGGACAGAUCAACAAUUCUACAUACUUCGUAUCAGAUUUUAGGUAAAGUUGUGCCCUCGAACUAGCCUCUUGUACCCAACGAACAACGCUAUCCAUAUAGAGGUGGAUACUGGAUAUUUUAGAUCAUGUUGAUUCAAUUCAGGUCAUAUUCAAGUGACGAGUCAUUCAAUACGCUAUCAGUUUUAUAAAAUCAAUCAACAUUCAACAGUAUUCAUAUUAAACUUUAAGGUUGGGUCAAUUCAAUUUGGCUUGGGUCAAAAUCAAGUUAUUCAAUAUUAGGUGUAGUAUGAGUUUCGGGCAGUGGCGGAGCCAAGUAGGUGCAUGGGGUGUCCACCGACCCCCCAAAAAAAAUUUGGAAAAAAAAAGCUUAUAGCUGAGAUCUAAGAGACCGGUUAUUUCAUAGACUCGAUCUGUUAGGUAUUACUUAAAAACACCUGCUCCGCACGUACGACAACCGGUAUACUAUAGAGAUAAUUUUAGGAGACCAAUCUUUAGGAAAAACCGAUCUCUUAGA